AGCCACCACCUCAGCCGGCCGCCUCAGACCUUCCCAGGGGGAACUUCGAAAAAAUGCUACCCGAGAACCGAACUCCACAAACUCCGGCCCUCCCGAGUUCAGCCCCAAUCCCCACCCCCCUCAAUCCCAACAUUCUCCAAGAGCCGUACCCGUCAGGGUUCCGAAUGCCACAGCUCGAAACAUACGAUGGCACUAAAGACCCCGAUGACCACUUGCAUGCCUUUUGCUCCAUUAUGCAGGCUCAGAACGCCUCAGAUGCCUUGAUAUGCAAGAUAUUCCCUUCUACAUUGCGAGGAAACGCUCGGACCUGGUAUUAUAGCUUGCAGCCGAGCUCGAUCAGUUCCUAUGCCGAACUGGCCGCGUUCUUCGCAACCAAGUUCUCCAGUCGUCGGUUAAUUAAGAAGACGACCUCCGAGCUCAUGCGAGUGGCCCAGAGGGAAGGCGAAUCCCUUAAAAAUUAUAUGAAUAGAUUCAAUGACGCAGUGCUCGAGAUCAGCUCUUUCAAUCAUGGUGUGGGGUUAGCUGCAUUGAUUGCAGGCCUCAAGCAUGACAGAUUCCGGGAUAGCCUGAUCAAGCAUGCACCUACCACCUUUGAUGAGGCCAACGAACGAUCAUGGAAAUUCAUUCAAGCGGAGGAAUAUGCGUUGUCCGGCAAAGCAACUCCGAGUAAAGAGGUCAGACCUCCGGCCUGGAGAGAAGAAGGGCAGAAUAAAAAGAGAUUUAAACCUGCACAGAAUCGAGGCCCAUUCCCGCCCAGGAUAGACAGACCCCCAACUCUCAGAAGGCCCCUGCCUAUGCGGAGUCCCCCUACCACCCGAGAUCAUAGCAAGUACUGCGACUUCCACCAGGACCACGGCCAUACUACGGAAGAAUGUCAAAGCCUAAAGUCAGAACUGGAGGGUUUAGCGCGGAAAGGCAUGCUCAAUGAAUACGUCUCUAAAGGGGAUCAGCCUAGAUUCAUUCGGGAACAAGGACGGCCUCAGGCACCUCGGGAGGCAAGCAACAGGGUCGGCGUUGGCUACCAACAAGCGCCACCUCCACUCCCCCCACCCUCACGUAUCAUUCAUAUGAUCACAGAGGGGUUAGAAGCUGGCGGAAUGAGCUCAAAGCAGCAGAAGUUGUAUGUUCGGGAAGUCAAACAUCAGAACCGGGUUCAGAAGAGAAAAUUCGAUGAGACAGAUUGGAGGAACCAGCCCAUAACUUUCAGCGCAGUUGACUUUGACGGUGUUAUUACCCCCCACAAUGAUCCACUUGUCACCUCGGUCAUUGUUAACAGCUGUGAAGUCCACCGCGUCCUUGUUGACACAGGAAGCGCUCCGGACAUAAUGUACUAUCAUUGUUUCGAGAGCCUAGGUCUUGACCCAGCUCUCCUACAGAAAUACGACGGUCCUAUCUAUGGCUUCAACAAUCAACCAGUCCCCGUGGAAGGUGUCCUCACGCUCAAGGUAGCCUUCGGUUCAGGUCGGACAUAUGUUACUCCGUCAGUUCGGUUUUUGGUCGUAAAGAUGGCAUCCUCUUUCAACAUCGUCAUUGGAAGGCCAACCUUGACAGAAAUCCGAGCUGUCGUUUCGCAGUCCCACCUAUGCAUGAAAUUCCCCACCCCUAUGGGAGUAGCAACUCUGAGAGGUAAUCAAGAAGUAGCUCGGCAUUGCUAUAUGACCUCGGUCACUUUACCUCGGAGGGAUAAGCUAGUAACGCCAGCUCCAAUUCAGGCAGAGAUACCAUCCGCCCAGCAGGUAAUGGGUAUAGAGCUGCCAGACUAUAGACCUGAUGACGACGCCAGAGCAACCCCAGUAGAAGAGGUGGAAGAAAUACAGCUUGACCCCAAUGACCCUACCAGAAAAACACAGAUUGGCACUAAACUCAAGCCGGAAGAGAGGGAAGAACUCAUUGAUUUCCUGAAGUCGAACAGGGACGUCUUCGCCUGGACCUCGGCCGACAUGCCUGGCAUACCAGCCUCGGUUGCAGUCCACAAGCUCGGCACUAACCCUUUAAAAAAACCUGUAACACAGAAAAGGCGAUAUCACCAGGUCCACAUGGCACCCGAAGACGAAGUCAAGACCUCCUUCUACGCCGGAGACGAGAUUUAUUGUUAUGUGAUAAUGCCAUUUGGGCUAAAAAAUGCAGGAGCCACAUACCAAAAAAUGGUGACUAUUGUAUUCCGAGCUCAGAUCGGCAGGAACUUGGAAGUCUACAUUGAUGACAUAGUGGUCAAGAGCCGCAAAGCAGAAGAUCACCUGACUGACCUGGGGGAGACAUUUAAUAAUUUAAGAAGGCACAGUCUGAAGUUGAAUCCAGCCAAGUGCGUCUUCGGAGUUGAAUCUAGAAAAUUCUUGGGGUUCCUAGUUUCUAGAAGGGGGAUAGAGGUCAAUCCCGAAAAAAUAAAGGCGAUAGAAGAGAUGAAACCGCCGAAGUCAAUCAAAGAUGUACAGCGCCUAACUGGGCGAGUGGCAGCCCUGCACAGAGCUCAAGGCAUACCUCAGCUCACCCCCCUAUUAACCAAAGCCGAAGAAGGGGAGACACUUUACCUCUACCUCGGAAUCUCAGAUACAGCACUCAGCUCGGUUUUGGUCAGGGAAACAGCACAGUUGCAGAGGCCAGUCUAUUACGCAAGCAAAGUGCUGCAGGGGGCCGAAUUGAGGUACUCCACGGCAGAAAAAGCAGCUCUUGCGGUCGUCACUACAGCCAGGAAGUUAAGGCCGUACUUCCAAGCCCAUCCCAUUGUUGUUCUGACUGACCUGCCCCUGAGACAGAUUUUGCAGAAACCAGAAUGUUUAGGCAGACUCAUCAAGUGGGCAGUAGAGUUGGGAGAGUUCCAGAUCACCUUUCAGCAGAGGUCAUCAGUCCGAGGUCAGGCUCUAGCAGAUUUUGUAGUUGAAUGUACCUCUGACCAGAAAAACGUUGACACUGAAGUCGAACAGUGGACUCUUUAUGUGGAUGGUGCGUCCAACAGCAAAGGGGCAGGAGCCGGCGCGGUACUAAUUGGACCAGAACACUUCCGAAGUGAGCAUGCUCUGAAGUUCAACUUCGAAGCAACCAACAACAUGGCCGAAUAUGAGGCCCUUUUGCUCGGACUUCGUCUUGCGGCCGAACUGAAAGUCACAUCUCUCCAGGUCUACAGCGACUCCCAGCUGGUGGUCAAUCAAAUUCUCUAUCACGGCUGGCCUCCGACACCUCCCGGGGGGGGGAGAUCUGUUUACGUUGAAGUCCUAAACGCACCAAGCUUCCAGAAGACAGAAGUAUUGGAGGUCAGUACUGACCCCGAAACUCCGAGCUGGACUGACCCCAUCAAAGCCUACCUACAAGAUGGAACUGUCCCAACCGAUAAGCAAGAGGAGCUGAAGCUACGAAGAAAAGCGUCAAGAUACACCUUGCUUGAUGGCAUCCUGUAUAAAAGGUCCUACUCACUCCCCCUUCUCCGCUGUUUAACCCCCUAUGAGGCCGAGUAUGCUCUCCGCGAAGUACACGAGGGUGUAUGUGGAAGCCAUGUCGGAGCUCGGACUUUGGCUCAUAAGGUGCUUCGUCAAGGGUACUACUGGCCCAACAUGCAGGAGGAUGCCGCGCAGUUUGUGCAGAAGUGCCAGAAGUGUCAAUUCUUUGCACACCUGACCCACCAGCCAACAGAAGAACUCAGAAACUUGGUGGCACCAUGGCCUUUUGCCCAAUGGGGGCUUGAUCUGCUCGGUCCUUUUGUCAAAGGUGUGGGGGGAGUAACACAUUUGGUUGUGGCGGUCGACUACUUCACAAAAUGGGUCGAAGCACGACCCCUGUCCAGUCUGACCUCAAGAAGGAUUGAAGAUUUUGUCUUCAGUGCAAUCAUCUGCCGAUACGGCAUACCGAAUCAAAUUGUCACUGACAAUGGGCCUGAAUUCAAUUGCACCUCCUUCAGGGAUUGCUGCUCCAGCUAUGGAAUUAAAUUACUAUUCACUUCGGUUUAUCACCCUGAGACUAAUGGAAUGGCAGACGAGCUCAACAACGUCUUGUGGGCCUACCAAACUACAACCAGGACGGCUACAGGCGAAACGCCCUAUCAUCUGGCUUUUGGAACGGAGGCAGUCAUUCCGGUUGAACUUGGCGUCCCGAGCCUAAGGGUUAGCCAUUUCGACUCAACCCGAAAUGACCUACUACUCCGGGAAGACCUUGACCUCUUGGACGAAGUCUGUGAGCACGCUCGACUCCGGACAAUGGCAUAUAAACAGAAGAUCGCCAACUUUUAUAACAAACGAGUUCGACCUCGAAGCUUCAAGAUUGGUGACCUCGUCCUCAGAAAGGCAGGGCUCACCGGCUUCGAGACCCGCUUCGGCAAGCUAGCACCGAACUGGGAAGGCCCGUAUGUAGUGGCCGAAGUACCCCACCCCGGCGCUUAUGUACUUCAAGACGCCGAGGGUAAAAGGAUCCCUAGAGUAUGGAAUGUAAACAAUUUAAAGAAAUUCUACUCUUAAUAAAGCUCAUUCUUGUUCAGCCUAAGCGUUGCAUUUUUCGAAGUCCAAAUGCACUUCUUUUUACCUUGCAACAAAUCAUUCAUUUUAAA